UUCUCUCUUCUCGGAGUGAUUAUAUUCUCUCUCUUUUUUGGGUUCUUGUUUACUCUUUGGCUUUCUGGGUCUCUCUCUUUCUCUCUCCCACCCUCCAAAUUCGCCUAUUUUUCCUCUUCUUUUUUUCAUUCAUCCCUGUGACACCAAAACCAAUGGUGGAUCUUCAAACCGUUUGCUGCAUGUGCGGCGACGUUGGUUUCCCAGACAAGCUUUUUCGCUGCAACAAAUGCCGCAAUCGCUUCCAGCACUCGUAUUGUAGCAACUACUACGGAGAAUUACCGGAUAUAGAACUGUGCGAUUGGUGCCAUAGCGAGGAGAAGAACUUGAGACAUAUUGGCUCCAAUUCGAAGAAACCGGUGUCGGCCGGAAACGAGGCCGGAGCCACCCACCGUUCGGAGUAUUCCGGCGAGAAAAUGAUCAAGCAGCAUGAUCAUCAUCGUGAAGAGAGUGGUUCUGAGAAGGGUAAGAGUCCCACACCAUCGCCACGACCCGGCACACGCAGGUACAAGCUUCUCAAGGAUGUAAUGUGUUAAAAGAGAGGGAAAAAGGAAGAAACAAAGGUAGCAUCUCAACCAAACCAAGGAGAAGAAGAAAAAAACACAAAAAAAGAAGACAAUAUUAUAGGUGACUUUUGUGUCUUAAAUUUUGUGUCAUGUUAAUAGCGUGUAGUAAGCAAGUGUUUCUUGAGGGCGAGCCCUGGUGCAGCGAUAAAGUUGUGCCUUGGUGACUUGUUGGUCAUGUGUUCGAAUCUGAAAACAGCCUCUGGGUAAUGGGGUACGAAGUUUUUUUUUUUUUUUUUUAUGAUCCUUCUUCCGUCUUGAGUGGUUUUCAGCAAGUUGUGAAUAAAACUAUGCAACUUUAUUAGUAUCUAUUAUAGUCCCGAAAUCUAUGGCAUAAUUAUUAAGUUUAA